AUGGCCCAGUUCUACUACAAAAGAAGUGUCAAUGCUCCCUACAGAGAUCGUAUCCCUCUUCGUAUUGUACGAGCAGAAUCUGAACUGUCUCAUUCAGAGAAAGCCUAUCUGAACGCCGUGGAGAAAGGAGAUUAUGCCAGUGUAAAGAAAGCUUUGGAGGAAGCAGAAAUUUAUUUCAAGAUCAAUAUUAAUUGCAUUGAUCCCCUGGGAAGAACUGCACUCCUUAUUGCAAUUGAAAAUGAGAACCUUGAGCUCAUUGAGCUGCUCUUAAGUUUUAAUGUAUAUGUGGGAGACGCUCUGUUGCAUGCCAUACGAAAGGAGGUAGUUGGUGCUGUGGAGCUGCUGUUAAACCACAAGAAGCCCAGUGGGGAGAAACAGGUGCCACCAGUGCUUCUGGACAAGCAGUUUUCUGAAUUUACGCCGGAUAUCACACCCAUUAUUCUGGCUGCCCACACUAACAAUUAUGAAAUCAUAAAGCUCCUUGUGCAGAAAGGGGUCUCCGUGCCCAGGCCACACGAGGUCCGCUGUAACUGCGUCGAAUGUGUCUCGAGUUCAGAUGUGGACAGCCUCCGCCACUCUCGAUCCAGACUCAAUAUCUACAAGGCUCUGGCAAGCCCAUCUUUGAUUGCUUUGUCCAGUGAGGAUCCUUUCCUUACCGCUUUUCAACUGAGCUGGGAACUGCAGGAACUGAGUAAAGUCGAAAACGAAUUUAAGUCGGAGUAUGAGGAACUGUCACGGCAAUGCAAGCAAUUUGCAAAAGAUCUCCUGGAUCAGACACGGAGUUCCAGGGAAUUGGAAAUUAUUCUUAAUUACAGAGAUGAUAAUAGCUUGAUAGAAGAACAAAGUGGCAAUGAUCUUGCAAGAUUGAAACUGGCAAUUAAGUACCGUCAAAAAGAGUUUGUUGCUCAGCCCAACUGCCAGCAGCUUCUUGCAUCCCGCUGGUACGACGAGUUCCCUGGAUGGAGGAGGCGACACUGGGCUGUGAAGAUGUUGACAUGUGUUGUGAUAGGACUCCUUUUCCCGGUCUUCUCUGUGUGCUACCUGAUAGCUCCCAAAAGCCCAUUAGGGCUGUUCAUCAGAAAGCCAUUUAUCAAAUUUAUCUGCCAUACUGCAUCCUACUUGACUUUUCUGUUCCUGCUGUUGCUUGCCUCUCAGCACAUUGACAGGUCAGACUUGAGCAUGCAGGGACCGCCACCAACCAUCGUCGAGUGGAUGAUAUUACCGUGGGUCCUGGGUUUUAUCUGGGGUGAAAUUAAACAGAUGUGGGAUGGUGGACUACAGGACUACAUUCAUGAUUGGUGGAACCUCAUGGAUUUUGUAAUGAACUCCUUGUACUUAGCAACAAUCUCUUUGAAAAUUGUUGCAUUUUCAAAGUAUAGUGGGUUAGUUCCACGGGAGAGCUGGGACAUGUGGCAUCCAACCCUGGUGGCUGAAGCCCUGUUUGCAAUCGCAAACAUCUUUAGCUCCCUACGCUUGAUCUCAUUAUUCACUGCAAAUUCUCACCUGGGACCUCUGCAGAUAUCUCUAGGAAGAAUGUUGCUGGACAUUUUGAAGUUUCUCUUCAUAUACUGCCUUGUGCUGCUAGCUUUUGCAAAUGGAUUGAAUCAGCUGUACUUCUACUAUGAGACAAAUGAACCCGGCAACUGCAAAGGAAUACGAUGUGAAAAGCAGAAUAAUGCAUUUUCAACAUUAUUUGAAACACUGCAGUCAUUAUUCUGGUCUAUAUUUGGACUCAUCAAUCUCUAUGUGACCAAUGUGAAAGCAAGGCAUGAAUUUACUGAAUUUGUUGGGGCCACCAUGUUUGGUACCUAUAAUGUAAUCUCUCUGGUUGUUCUGCUCAACAUGCUAAUAGCUAUGAUGAAUAAUUCUUACCAACUUAUUGCUGAUCAUGCAGACAUUGAGUGGAAAUUUGCUCGAACAAAACUCUGGAUGAGUUACUUUGAAGAAGGAGGAACUCUGCCCACUCCUUUCAAUGUCAUACCAAGUCCAAAGUCUCUCUGGUAUCUGAUCAAAUGGUUAUGGAGACAUCUCUGCAAGAAAAAAAUUAGAAGAAAACCUGAAAGUUUUGGAACAAUAGGGAGGCGUGCAGCUGACAAUCUGAGAAGACAUCAUCAAUACCAGGAAGUAAUGAGAAAUCUGGUUAAGAGAUAUGUUGCAGCAAUGAUAAGAGAUGCCAAAACUGAGGAAGGACUGACAGAAGAAAAUUUUAAGGAGUUAAAACAAGAUAUUUCCAGCUUUCGUUUUGAAGUCCUGGGUUUGUUAAAAGGAAGCAAGCUGUCUAAUUUGCAGACUACAAAAAUAAACAAAGAUACUGCCUCUCUGUCAGAAAAUGAAGAAAAUAGCGAGAGUGAAGGAAACAAGAAAGGAAAGAAAAAGACCUUCAGCCUUUUUGACAUAACUACAAUGAUUCACCCAAGAUCAGCCACUAUUGCCUCUGAAACACAUAAUGUAAGCAAUGGCUCAGCAAUGAUGGUGUCAGAGUCCACUAAGGAGAAACAAAAGCAUGUGAAUUUUGUAACAGACAUAAAAAAUUUUGGGUUAUUUCACAGACGAUCAAAAACAAACUCUGUGGAGCAGAGUACAAAUAAAAUAUACACCGUUUCUGAAGAAGUUUCCCGUCAACAGGCAGAAGAACAAUGUGAGAAAACUGCUGAACUGGAAGAGGGAGAACUGACCAUGAACUGUGAAUUAAACAUCCAAAGUCCUGAUGAAAAAUGCGUGUUAGCUGAGUCACAAAAUAAUGGUGACUCUUCGGAUUCACAGGAAGAGGGAAGCAUUUGUGCUUCAGAAACGGAGAAAAUGGAGUUACACAACUCGGAACCAGCCACACCACAGGAUCAGCUGGACAAGGAGUUGGAUGUUAGCAUUGACUGUAAUGGGAAACAGGAAACAAUUGAUCAGGGUGAUUAUGUGAUAACGAGGUUGUGA